AUGUCUCAAUCAAAAUUAAAUACAAAAAAUAUUUUAUUUUUAAAUAAUCCAAUAUUUUUAAUUAUUUUCUACCUCAUUUUAAUUCAAUUUUGUUUUGCAUUAAAAUUAAAUAAUCAACAACAAAGACUUGUUAAUUCACCACUUUUAAAUCAUAAAAUAAAUAUUAGAUCAGAACAAGAAGGAGAAAAGAAUGAACAAAAAAAUGAUAAAUUAAAUUUAAAUAAUAACAAUCUUUUAAGACAAUAUAUUGGGGGAGGGUUAUUUAAUUGUGGAACUAAAUAUGUUGCAAUGCUUCAAAAACUUAAUAAAUUUAUUGAGCAUGUUCAUGAAGAAUUUUCCAUGUGUAAGAAAGAAAUGAGCCAAAUAAAUAAAACACCAUUUUCUGAACAAUUUCAAAUAAUUGAUGAUUUAUUUGGAGGAAAUGAAGAAAAUAAAUGA